AUGGAAACAAGGGGGAGGCACAUCAAUGUCCCAAAAACAAAAAGCUUUCGGUAUUUUCUAAUCAAUACUAUAUUAUCCUCCUCCUCAAAUGCAAACAGAGUAUCUUGUGAUUGGCUGAUCGCAGUGGGAAGCUCCUGUGCUGGGGGCGGGAAGUUACAACCCACAGCGCAGUCGUUAUCUACUUCUGUCGCUUGCUGCGUCCCAACCUCCAUCCUUCGUAAACUCAUGCUCGUUGCUUCAGUCACACGCAUCCUUUCGCUAGUACAUCAAAAAAAAAAAAUGAAAGAAGAACUCGAUGGCUCGUGUCUUUUCUUUUCUUUUCCUUUCCCGUCCUUUCCUUUCGGCUCUGCAGCCUCGUUUCCCCGCUGUCUCCCCCGCUUUGCUUUCUCUACACUCGUGCGCGCGGUACAUUCCACUCCAACCUAUGUACGUACCUACAUGGUUGAUCGGUCAGCGAGCAAGGGAUAG